AUGAAGAAAGGGGAUCGAGGAGAGAAGUCAAAGAGGAAGGAAAGUUCUCCGAAAACAUACGAGAAUCCUGUUAUUCAAGCUAAGAUAGACAAGAAACGAUCCAUGAGGAAACCGAAGGGGCCCGAGACAAAGUCACAGGCAAGAAGGCGUAUGAAGGAAGAAGCGAGGAAGAAAAUGAAGUUGAGCAACAAGAAGACGAACCUUCGCAGUCUAGAGCUGAAUUCAAGCUUUCCGAGGAUAGCAGGCAGGAACUGGACAUUGAAGACAGGCUCCAACAUGUCUCAAGCUCUUCCUCGCAAGUCAAUCUUGACUCUGUUCUGGGAUCCCUUCGAACAGCGCAACGACAUCUGCUCGCCAAAUAUCAAGACAAGACAGAAAGCGCAAGCCAGACUUGUUCGGAUUCUGUCGGACGUUUGUCUUGAAAGUCGCAACGAGACAUCUCCCAAAGGAAGCAACUCGAGCUCCAUGGAGCUGGUUGAGUCCUUCCCGGACUUGUUGUACGCAUGUGAGAGGCUCGUGAAGGGCCUGACUUCUCCCACCCAGUCGUCGUAUGAGGGCUUUAUGGAGAUGUUGGGAAAAAUGCUUCGGCACUUCAACGGGAGCAAAAAGAGUUUGGCAAUCUUUCAACCUUCAUACCUGCUGUCACUAGUAGACAAGCUCUUGCAUCCUAGCGAGAUCGACCUCGACGUUCCUCUCCUUCUCCUCAUCAUCGCGCUAGAGCGGCACGGACUUGAAAAUGACGAGCUCAAGAAGCAGCUGAAGAGCCUCGAGGGCUUCGGGGGAGGCGGGAUCCUCCAUGCAGAGAAGAGCAUCGUUGCCGCCGCUCCCAUCCUCAACCAGGCCAAGUCUGCUGACUCGUCCCUGCAUCCGAUAUGGGAACAGGUUGUGAGAUCGAUCGCAAGUGAAGGAAGAGAGGUCGAGAAGGGAGGAGACUUGACGUCGACUUUCUCCAAGAGGUUCAGUGCACUAUGGCAGCACUGCGUUUCCCAGCAGACCAUCGGCUUCAAGCUCCAGCUCCUCUCCUUGUGCUGGAAAGUUUUCCCAUCGGAGCGGCUCCCCUUCAUCUUUCCAAACAGCAUCUCCUGUAUUCUAGAGGGUUCUAAAGGUUCUGCUGCGACGCUGAACAAGAAUUUGACUCAAUGGAUGGAAAGAAAGAUCUCUGUUGCGCUCCCAUCGGACGUUUGCUAUCAUUUGGCUUCUACAAUGUUGAAGAAGAAUCCCAACUUUGACAAGAAGAGCCGAACGCAAGUCACCAAGUCGCUGCUCGCAGGCAUGAAUUCAACUCAACUGGUCGGCUACAUCAAACUUGCCCUCGCUUCAUUCAGCGACUCGACGAAGCUGCAGUUGUCGAACAAGCACGUUUCAUCCCCCCAAGAUGUCGAGGAGAUAAGGCGAGAGAUGCUGGAGGAGGCCUUGAGAGCUAUCGCUGUCCUCCCUUCCAACGUCACAUCCCGUGCCCCGACAGUGAACGACUUUCUGUUCUUCCUCUGCAGACAUUCCUUCUUCAUCGGCGGGUCUUCCAAGGAUUGGAAACAGCUGCUGCCUUCCUACAUGCAAGGAUCGUGCGAGUUGACCCUACUCGAUCUAGUCGGCAGCUUGUCAAAAGCAAGCAGAAACCUCUGCGUCGACCGACUGUUCGGCCUGCUGAUCUCAACGAGGGUCAACCUUCCCGUCAGAGUCUCAAACUCUUCUCAGGUCAGCAGCGGCCCCCUUACAACUCCGAGCGACGUGGAGGAGGUCUGCAACAAGAUCGUGGAGGGAGGGAGCAAGAAGAUUUCCCUUGAGACUGCUCUGACUGAGGAGCAACGGAGAAAGCGAAGGAAACUGACCGAGUUCAAAAGCAUCCUCCUCAAGGUGGCAGAGGAGGAGGAGAAGGGGAAAGGGAAAAGGAAGCGGGAGGAGAAAAAGAAAGAGAAGAGAGAGGAGAAGGAAAAAGUGUCAUCCCCGAGAGUCAAGUUGAGCAGCGAGGUUUCACAGCUCCUCUCGUUCAUCUCUCUCCUCCAGCUGAAAACGCCAGGUGAGCUGGACGAGCUUCUGUCCGACCUCGCAGGCUACCUGGAGGAUUUAUGGGCUCACAGUAGCGUCAAGGCAGGGGAGGAGGAGGAGAAGAUGGAGCUGCUGUAUUGCAACCUCCUCACUCACCUCCUCAGCAAGGAGUCUUCUAUCCUGCGGGAAGUUUCCAUCAGCUCGAUGAAGAACGUCGCUUCCUCCUGCUCGCACGUCAGCCUCAGGAUCAUGACCUGGGUCUUGCAGUCGACGGCGCUGCGGGGCAAGCUGCCGUUCUUUCGCUCCUUGCAAGAGCUUGACGAAGGAGGCAGACAGGCAGAGGAAGGGCAGGGGGGCAAGAAAGGGGGAGAGGAAGAGAAGGAGGAGGAGGGGGAGUCGAGCGAUGCUAUGGAGAUCGACGUCUCCAGGUCGACCAACGAGUCGAGCAUCGAUUUUGAUGCGCUGAGCCCUGACCAGAAGCUUGGGGAGAAGAGGAGUCUGAAGAUCUCCAGUAUCUGGACAAGACUGGCGCUCUCCUCCAAGCGCGGGGAAGCAGGCGCAGGACCGAAUCAGCUGGAAUGGGAGCAUUUCCGAUCGAGGAUGGUAGAGAUGCUGACCAUCAGCAAAUACUUGAGACCACAGCAGCUCUACUGGAAGUUUUGUACCAGUGUCACUCGGACCCUGUCAUGGUCAAGAGUGGUCUACGAGACAAGAUCUUUCAUCUCGUGUAUCCCACCUAACAGCCCAGCUGGGUCGAAGGCCUUGCCGCUGAUCAACGCCUCUCUCACGACCUUCCUCUUCACCCGCAAACUUUCUCUGCAUGCCGACGCCUUCAAGUACAUCUUCGCUCACUUCCCGCACCUCACCCGCCAGCUCCUCCCGACGGUGUUGGCUGGGAUUGCCGGCGCCCGGUCCGACUUCCGCAAGAUGGAUGCGGCGAUCAUGGUGGAGGAUGUCAAACUCAACGAAGAGAACCCGGGAGGAACGGCAGAAGCCUGGGAAAAGGUUGAGCUGAGGGAUGUGGAGGUUGUCAGGCUUGACUCGGAGCAGGCGCAAAGAUCGCUGGAGGAGCUGGGAAGAGGAGCGAAGAGGAGCACAACGAAAGGGAAGAGGAUGAAGAGAGCUAUUAGGAUCGUGAGCAGGCUGACGCAGGAGCGGAGAGGGUUGGAGAAGCAGACAGGGCGGUAG